AUGGUGCUCGAGGCAACGAUGAUCUGCAUCGACAAUUCCGAAUGGAUGCGGAACGGAGAUUAUUCUCCUUCUAGGUUUCAGGCUCAAGCCGACGCCGUUAAUCUUAUUUGCGGUGCUAAAACCCAGUCUAAUCCCGAGAACACAGUGGGAGUAUUGACGAUGGCUGGCAAAGGGGUUAGAGUGUUGGUCACUCCUACCAGCGAUCUCGGAAAGAUCUUGGCUUGCAUGCACGGUCUAGAAAUCGGCGGUGAGAUGAAUUUGGCAGCUGGAAUUCAAGUGGCACAAUUGGCUCUAAAGCAUCGCCAAAACAAGAAGCAGCAUCAAAGGAUUAUUGUAUUUGCUGGGAGCCCUGUUAAUUAUGAUAAAAAGGUUUUGGAGAUGAUCGGGAGGAAACUGAAGAAAAACAGUGUUGCGCUUGAUGUUGUCAACUUUGGUGAAGAAGAUGAGGGAAAGAACGAGAAGCUUGCAGCUUUAGUAGCUGCAGUGAACAACAAUGAUACUAGCCAUAUUGUUAACGUUCCUCCUGGUCCUGUUCUUUCUGAUGUGCUUAUUAGCUCUCCCAUCUUUCUCAGUGAUGGGGAGGGUGGAAGUGGCUAUGCUGCUGCUGCGGUAGCUCAAUCAGUGGGUGGAGGUGGUUUUGAAUUCGGUGUGGAUCCUAAUUUGGAUCCCGAACUUGCUCUCGCUCUCCGAAUUUCAAUGGAAGAGGAGAGGGCCAGACAAGAAGCUACUGCAAAGAAGGCUGCAGAAGAGGCUGCGAAACAAGGAAAAGGAGAAUCCACUUCACAAGAUGUAGAUAUGACUGACAAGGCUGGAACUUCUGAAAAUGAAAAUAAGGCAACUGAUCUGACGGAUGAUGAAAAUGCCUUGUUGCAGCAAGCACUAGCUAUGUCAAUGGAUGAUUCUUCCUCUAAUGUCACUACUCGAGACACCGAUAUGUCAGAAGCAGCUGCAGAUGAUCAAGAUUUGGCUCUAGCUCUCCAGUUAUCUGUCAAUGACAGCAUGAAAGAUGAGUCACCUUCGGGAGAUAUGAGCAAGUUAUUGGCGGACCAGUCAUUUGUAUCUUCCAUCCUUGCUUCUCUUCCAGGAGUUGAUCCAAAUGAUCCAUCCGUCAAAGAUUUGCUUGCUUCCAUGCAAAGUCAAUCUGAGAAAAAGCCAGAGGACAAGGCACCAGAAGAAGAGGAUAAGAAAUGA